AUGCCCAUGACAGCAACCUGCCACUGCGGCUCCAUCUCCAUCACCGCCCCGCACCUCCCGGCCUACAUCAACGACUGCCAAUGCGGCGUCUGCCACCGCUACGGCGGCGCCUGGGGCUACUACACCGUGGACGAAGUCUCGAUCGACCGGAGAGAGGGCGCCUCCACGAAGAAAUACAUCUGGGGCGAUCGCGAGUGUGAGUUUCAUUUUUGUGAGCAGUGUGGUGGGGUGGUGUUUUGGUGGCCGACGGAGAAGGGGUUGGCGAAGAGUCGCGAGAUGGGGGUUAAUACGAGGAUGGUGGAUCCUGGGUUGCUUUUGAGGGUUGAGAGGCGGUGGACGUUUGUGGAUUGA